CUGCUGGCGACGGAGGAGAAAGCGGAGCGGCGGGGGGAAAGAGAGAGACCGACGCACCGCGGCUCACCAAGGCUGCUCGCGGUCAUUUGUGUUUUUCGGCUCAAGCGGCGCGCGCGGUCGGGGCCCCUCCCUCCCCGCGCGCCCCCUCCGCGAAACAACCCCCUUGCGCUGAGGCACUCCCCGGGCCUUGUCGAGGAGGCCCAGCGCCAUGGUGCGGCCCGGGUGCGGGGCGUGCUAGUGCCGCUCUUGCCUCGUCCUUUAGGACUCUCCGUGGUCAGGCAGUGCAUCCGGCCGCCGCGCUUUGGCGGUCGGGCGGGUGUGCGUCUGGAGGUCAUGAUGCAGCUGAUCGAUGUCGCCGAGGUGGUAGCCCCAUACGUGUCCGAGUUCGUGGGCACCUUCUUCGUAGUCCUCACCACUGGGUGCACCGUCAUCAGCGGCGAUGCGGCAUGGAUGCCGACGUCGAUCGCCUUCUCCAUCAUGGUCACCAUGUACGCGACCGGCGCCGUGUCGGGGGGCCACCUCAACCCGACGGUCUCGCUUGCCCUGGCCAUGGCGGGCAAGAUGCCGUGGUCGCGCGUGGUACUGUACGUCUUCGUCCAGGUGGCUGCUGGGCUCUUGGCGGCGCUCACCGCCACCGCGAUGCUGCAGAAGAGGGUGGGCGUCGGCGUGCGCGCGGGGGGUCGUCGGAUUUUAUCGACGCCAUCAUCGUGGAACUCAUCUUCAGCACAACAAUCGCUUUCGUGGCGUUGAACUGCAUGGCGUCGUCGCGGGCAAAUCCUCCAGGGGACCGGAACCAGUACUUCGCGCUUGCGGUCGGUUUCGUGGCCAUAGCUGGCGGGUACUGCACCAAUGACAUCUCGGGUGCGUUCCUCAAUCCGGCAGCUACAGUCGGGUUCGGCGUCACCAGCAAGUCGGCGCUCUCCGCCGUCGGCUGCUACGUGGCGUGCCAGCUACUGGCGGCCAAUGCCGCCGUAAUCCUCUAUUUCAUGGUGCGUCCGGAGGAGCUCGAGGAGGUUGUCGAAGAUGUCGUCGACGGGCUCAGUUGCGAGCGCGCCUUCAGAGCGCUCGCGUUCUGUGGCGCACGGCGCCGGGCCGAGGACGAGGGCGGCGCGGCCCCCGACUCGGAGGGCGGCCCAGGCGCCGAGGUCCCGAAGGCGCACAUGUACGAGAACUACGCGGUGCAGGUGUCCGCGCGCUGGCUCGCGGAGCUCCUGGGCACGUACGUGGUGACGUUCACGUUCGUUCUCGCCACUGUGAACCAGCAGAUGGCUGCGGAGCAUUCCGCGGUGGGCCAGGCGCAGCGCAACGCGACCGAGCCCGUCUUGGUUCAUAUGCCGCACGUCCACGGCCACGCGGCCAGGGGCGCGACCCCGAUCGGCACACAGGCGGCGGACACUCACAGCUCCUCCUCGGUGGCCUGGGCCACCGGUGCGGCGAUGCUGUCCCUCGCCUACGCCCUCGGGGGCGUCUCGGGAUCCCACUUCAACCCUGCCGUAACGCUCGCGGUGCUCCUCAGCCGCCGGCCAGGGUGCCUGGUCGCCGAGGGGACCUCCUUCGUACUGGCGCAGAGCGGCGCGGCGAUCUGCGCGGCGCUGACGGUCUGCAUGCUUCACCGCUCGGGAAAUUCGAUGUUCAAUAAAGACAGGGUCGUCGACAUGGGCCCUAACACCGAGGAUGGCUACGGUUGGGCCGCCCUCAUCAGCGGGGAGGCAAUCUUCACGGCGGCCACGGCUCUUGUCGUGAUGUGCAUGAUGACCGUGAAGUCCCCGAGGUACCCAAAGGCUUCCUCCACCAGAAGCUUCCAGUUCGCACUCGUCACCGGCAUGUGCUACACCGCAGGAAGCUACGCGAUGGAGGGUAUUUCCCACGGGCACCUGAACCCGGCGUUCUCGCUGGGCAUCGCGACCUCGAACUUCAUCAGCUCGGGCUUCCAGGCUGUGAACAGCCAGGCUCUCCUCUACUAUGUGGCUGCCCAGGCGUUGGGCAGCGUCGGAGCCGCGAUGGCCUUCGUGGUCGUGCAUCCGCACGAGUACAAGAUGGACCCUCUAAUGGUUGGGCAGCAGCUCGCCGCCGACUGCGCCCGCGAUGGCCUCGAGAGGAGGCCGCUCGCACGCUCCCACUGAGCGGCAGACCCGCGCGCACGCGCGCCCUGCUUGGGCACCACUUGCGGAUUCGAUGCCCCUCCUCCCUCAUCCUCCUUGUCCACCUCCUGCUCCGCGCGCCCCUUGUGCUGCACGCAGGCAGCGGGGAUCGCAACGCAGCUCUCACUCAUCACACUCGGACUCCACCAUCUUGAGACUCACUCAUACCCAGACUCGGUCAUACCUAGACCAACCC